GUGAGAGAGAAGGAAGGGAAGCGAGGGGGAAAGCACGUUGUUCGCCUGCAAACACACACCUUCACCCACCAACCAGACCUCUUUCGCUUCCAUCGCGUCCACUUCCCCAGCACUCCUUGGAUCCUUCUCUUCUCCUGCACCGUUUGAUCCUGCCCCCCCCCCCCAUUGCCCAUCAACCGUAAGCCAUGGGGAAGAACAGGAACAAGUUCAAGCACAACAAGCACAACAAGCACAACAAACAUCAUGGUCCCAAGAGGGAUGUGACCGCGAUGAUUGACGCGAACAUUCGCGCACACGAUAACGUGUGGAACAAGCGCAUCCAGUUUGAGCCUGCACAGGAUCUCAAAGCAGCAACCGGCGGCCUCACCGGAACCCUGUCAGUGAAACGUCCAGAGAACGGAUCGGCAGGUGCUUCCCACGUGCACCUUCGUGACAAAGAUGGCUUUGUCGAGGCAAAGCGCCAGCUCUUCAACCAGAACACCCUCCGCGUGACAUGGAAGAAGCCGCGGCCCAUGGGCGCCGGUCUUGGCAACCUCGGCAACACGUGCUUCCUCAAUGCCACGCUCCAGUGUCUCGCGUACACCCCAGCUCUGGCCAACUUCUGCCUGUCUGGGCAGUACCAGCGCACACACACGCCGCAGCCCGGGUUUGAUGCGAUGAAGCUUGUUGAGCUGCACGUGCACCGCUCCCUCACUAGCCCAAAGCGCACCGUGCUCCCAAAGGGAAUCAUCAACCACCUCAGACAGAUCAACAAGGCGUUCCGGCAUUACCAGCAGCAGGAUGCACACGAGUUCUUCAUCUGCCUCCUCGACGCCAUGCAGACGGCCCUGCUCGGCGACUACAAGAACCUUGACCUGCGUGUGCAAGAAACAACUGUCCUCCACCACAUCUUUGGCGGGUACCUCCGCUCUCAGAUCCAGUGUGUGCGGUGCAAGCACUGCUCAAACACCUUUGAAUCGUUUUUCGAUCUCAGCAUCGACAUCAAGGCCGCAAACUCGUUGACGCGAGCGCUGCAGCAGUUUGUGACCAAAGAGCUGCUCUUCAAAACAAACUCCUACAGCUGCAGCGGGUGCAAGAACAAAGUGCCAGCGACCAAGCAGCUGACCAUCCACCGCCUGCCAAACGUCCUCUGUAUCCAACUCAAGCGCUUCAGCUUCAUGAGCCACUUUGGGUCGAAGCUGCGACACAAGGUUUCGUAUCCGAUGCAACUGAACGUCCACGAGUUCCUCUCCCGCUCCAUUCGGUCCCGCAUCUCGCGUGGGGCGUGCCGGUACGAGCUGUACGGUGUGCUGGUGCACCUGGGGGCCACGCUCUCCUCGGGACACUACAUCGCCUACGUGCGCGCUGCAAACGGCAUGUGGUACUGUGCUGACGACGACGACGUCCGCUUUUCAAAGGAGAACGAGGUGCUCAAUCAGGCUGCGUAUAUGCUGUUUUACACGCGCACAGACAACAAGCCGCCACCUACCGCCUACUGCCCACAGCCGAAGGCUGAGGUGCCCGCCAAAGCAGCGGCGAAGCAGAAGGCGUCACCCGCAGACACAAACCAGCAGCAGCAGCAGCAGCAGCAGAUAACGAAGCAGGGUCAAGCGGAUGCAAGCAAGGACAAGCCAGCACAGGCGGCUGCCAUGCAAGGUGUGGAACAGCAACAGCAACAACAGCAACAGAAGAAGAAGAAAGCGGAGAAGCCAGCGGCUGGCAGUGCGAGUUCGCUCAUGGACGGCGUCGCGGCAGCUGUUGCUUCCUCAGACUCUGAGUCAGAAGAGGAUGGAUCAUCAUCAUCAUCGUCGUCAGAGGAGGAAGACGUCGGGGAGGAGUUACCGUUUGCACCACCACAGCGUGCUGUUCCCAACGGCGGCAUUGCUCGCAGCGACAGCACCAGCAGCACCAGCAGCAGCGAGGGCUUCAUGGACCGCAACCCGACGUAUGACCCUGUGAUCACGACGACAGACGAGCGGUGCAUGUGGACGGUGCAGCUCAACCCUCCCCGCCCCUGGCGACCCGCAUACCGCCGCGAGCGAUGGGAUCGCUACGCUACCAUCAGCGGGUGGCGCGUAACGAACGACGACGACGACGUCGACGACGAAGGCAGAGGUGGCGACGACAAUGACGGGGAGCUGCCGUCGAAGCGAGCCAAGGCGAUGGUUGAGCUGCAGCAGCUGCAAGCGCAGGGAGGAAGCCUGGACAGCGAGGACGACAGCGAUGACGAGGAGUUUGUGCCCUCACGGCGCUCGCGCAUGGCGACGGGUGCUGAUGAUGAUGAUGAUGAUGAUGAUGAGGAUGCCAUUGGUGCAGUGAGCAUGGAGGAGCUUGAGUCGCUGUUUAAGGAGCAGGCCGACCACGCCCGGCAAGAGCGCGAACACGCAGGGGUGGCGGAAGACGGAGAGGGAAAAACGAAAGUUGAGAAGAAGCAGGCGAAGCAAGCAGUUGUAGCACCAGUCGCGACAGCAGCAACAGCAGCGUCGAGCGAUAAUGAUGAUGGGGGUGAGGGGGAUGUGUCGCUGCCGAUUGGUUCAGGCGAUAUCGAGGAUCACCAUCGCGCCGUGCUGGACAACACAGUCAUCGACAUUCUGCAGCGCGUCUCAAAAGAUGUGCGAGCGCGUGUGCUGGCGUGCGUGAAUGCUGAACUGUACCAUCACCUGACACAAGCCACCGCUGCGGUUCUUGAGGCGCUGAGCGAGGAUGAACGCGCUGCGCUCACCAGCAGCAACGGUGGUGAUGACGACGAUGAUGAUGACGAGUUUUUGCUUGAGCUGGAGGAGCUGCCUGUGCAGCUUCAUCGCAGCAUUGCCGCCGCCGUCUCCAACAACGUCUACAAGAUGCUUGAGGAGCUCUACGGCAGUGAUGGUGCUGAGGAGGAUGAUGAUGAGAAGCAAGGUGCCGGCAGCAGUGAUGAAGAGGAGGAAGGAGACGGUGACGGCGCAUCGUCCAGCGGCGAGGAGGGUGAUGUGGCGGCACCAGAUGGCGGCCAUGCACCCGGCCCGAUGCAGAUGAACGGCGCUGCUGCUCACCGCUCCUACGCAGCUGACAGCGACAGCGAGGACGAUGACGCCGCCAACAUCUCUUUUGAGGACGAUGACGAGGAAGAGGACGAGAUGCACCGUGGCGAGGGCGCCAGCGACAGUGACAGUAACAGUGACAGUGACAGUGACAGUGAGGGGUCUGAUGCCGACGAGGCUGGCGCAACCACGGCAGCGCAGCAGGAUGUGGACGUGGUGGCGUGGAAUGUGGACCGUGGCACAACAGAACAAAUUGUCAAGAGCAAGAAGAAGGCAUUGUGGGACGGCAAACGCCGUACAGCUGUUGAUCCAAAACAGGCGGACGCCAGUGAAGCAGUUACGACGUGGGAUGACACACAUAGUAGUGCACUUGCACCGCUUCCAAAGCCACACAAGAGCAAAGAGGAGCGUGAUCGCGAGGCCUUUGAUGAGGAAAUGGACCGUGGCCGCGUGAAGAAGGUGCGGGGCCCGAAACAGGCGCCAACGGACCUGAAGAGCAAGUUCAACGCCAUGGUGGUUGCACAGAAGGAGGGCAAGGCGGUCGUGCCGGACAAGAAGCGACAGAAGAAGCGGCACAUCAAGCAGAUGAAGAAGAGGAACCACAACAGACGACUCGCCAGUGGCAGCCACGCCAGAACGCCUCAACAUGAAAACUGAAUUAAGUCGUAUCGUGGAUUAAACUGAAUUCAGU